AGGUACGCUUGCUUAUUUAUUUCAUCUUACUGCGUGACAGGUGGUUAACAAAGAUUAAAGAUGUAAAAUAAAUUUCUUGUACCAGCUUUAUAAAGGCACAUGCAACAUGGCGGACGAAAUUAAUACUAAUAUUUUAGAUAACGAAGUGCAACCAAGCAAGGAAGAUACGCCACAACAAACCAGUAUUUUAAAACAAAUAAAGGACAUUCUUGCAGCGAUUUGCUACCCAUACUCCAAAGAAUACGAUGACUUUGAUCAAAGUUUUUUUCUUAUAGUUUAUCUUAAUGCUAUUGUUGUUAUCUUCGUUGUAUUGUUUGCCAUAAAAGAAUUAUCUUUCGGAAAAGAUAAUGGAGAAACGUCUCAUUUUGUACAGGAAGGUGAUGUCAAUAUCCUGUUGAUAUCCUAUAUGACACCUGCCAUUUUAUGGACUGCCUGCCUUUUUCUCAUGAAAGAUGACAGCCACAUACUUGUGUUUGACAGAAAAUCAAUCUCUUACAAACGUCCUUUGUUCUAUUCUCUCUACGUAUUUGGUGGUGCAUUUUUCCUAAUAGACAUUUUACAAGUCGCAUUACAGUUGCGAUGCGGUACUACGGAGCAUGUUCAUAGUAUAUAUCUUUUGGUUGAAGCUACUUUUGUCCUCACGCAGUUAUUGUUCCAGGUUAUAUUUUUAAAUGCGUCAUUUCUCGCAAGGAGCUCUGUAAAACUGGCAGUGGUUCACAUGAUUGGCUCAAAUAUCUCGGUGCUUAUUCAUGAGAUAUUUAGGAAAGACACUCAGGAAACGCGAAAGUCAAACAGUACUAUAAGCUAUUGUGACCAAGCAGAGAAUGCCUUGGGAAGAAUUCUGGAUACUUUCCAGCCACUAUACUUGCAAUUUACAGUUAUCACGUUGGUAACUCUUAUUUACAUUUUCAACAACAUCAAAGAAUCCAACAAUGAAAUGCAACGUUAUUCACCAAAUACAAAAAUGUUACGCUGGAAACAAAACUUGAGCAUUGACACAACCCUUGGAAAAAGUCGUUCUGAGACUGAGUGUACCAGUGAGUCUUCAAUGGUAUCAUCGCAAAAGAGAAAGCUUUCUUCAAACAUCGAAGGAGGUUUGCUUACUGGUCUGCUUCUCGCUCUAACAGUAUUGAUUGUUGGUCAGUUACAUGCAACGACAGAUGAUUGGUACGAAUUGAUUAUUGUACGUGAUAUUUGUAACGUGAUCUUUGUAUCUGCAAUGCUGUUUUCUAAUUGGUCAAUAGCGUGGGUAUUGUAUAAUUAUCAUCCGUAUUAUGACUGGAUACCGUUCACACCGACUGAAGGCAUAUUGUUCAUCGCUGCAGGAGGCUACUUCGCUUCUAACACUUUCCACAUUGCGCUGGUCGAUUUCACUUCUGCCAAUGGAGCCUCAAUUUCAUUCAUAAUUAAAUUUAUAUUUAGAGUAAUACUUGUAUUUGUGCAGACAUUUGUUAUCAGCAAGACUAUCGGACAUUCAUUACGUUGCCAUGGCUACAACAAAUGGCGUAACUCCUUGUCUCAAAGCUUAAUAUUUCUUGUAGUUUGCAAUGCAGCUAUGUCUUUAGAUGCAAUAUUCUUUCCAACUGCAGGCGUCAUUGACACUGACGUUGAGCUGCUGUUUAACAAACGUACUUUGACAGUUAUAACUUCAGUCACACACUCUCUUGAAGUUUUUUAUUUCCUUCAUUCAUCAUUAUGUUUUCUUGAUAUUUCCUAUAUGUAUCAACAAGAAACGGUAAUCCAGCAGUGAAAGUGUGGCUAGUGU